GUUAAACUGGAUCCAUAGCAGUGAGACUCGCCACUUCCCCAACACUGACAUCGACAGAUAACUCUCGGUAACUCCACACAACUCCACACAACUCUGUUGAGUAACGCAGAUCAGUUCCUGUUUAAUGCACUAGGAGCUGUCCACAAGCACCAAACCAUGGCUUACAGGCUCACAGUGAUCGAUUAACCUGCUGUCAUAUUGCUUCAUAGAUGCUUUCAGAUGUACAGAGGGCUUUUGGUUUUGUCUCUGUAGACUGAACCCUGUCGACACAUCAGAUAAGAUAUUCUCCAAGAAAUCUUGAGGCUGGGCUGUUCAUGAGGAGACAUGAGGAAGUGCAGUCCAUGGAUGUUUCUGCCUGUAAUGUUUUCUUUCUUCACAGCUGCUGGUCUCUGGGUCGUGUAUUUCAUUGCUGUGGAGGGUGAGAAAAUCACCCCACUCAGUGCAGAGUACAAUAGGUCAGAAUCAAAACCUCCUCCAUAUAUCAGUAUUGCAGGCAAUGCUCCACCUGCCAGCUGUGUGUUCAGUCAAGUCAUGAACAUGGCAGCCUUUGUAGGCUUCGUUCUGGGAGUGCUGCGAUAUCUGCAGCUGAAGCCCAGAGCACAUAAACCCUGGCUCAACAUCAGCAGUCUGGGGGCUCUGUCUCUUGCCUGCUUUGGUAUGACUUUAGUUGGGAAUUUCCAGCUGUCCAGCGUUGAGGAGGUGCACAACAUUGGCACGUUUAUGACCUUUGGGCUAGGAACACUGUUCUGCUGGGUCCAGUCUUUCAUGACCCUAAAGGUCAACCUGAGGAAUGAAGGCAGGCGAGCAGGAAUCCCUCGCUUCCUGUUGUCCGGAGCUGUAACUUCCUGCAUGUUGCUUUACUUCGCUCUGAUGGCUCAGCGGCUGCACAUGCACGCGGCCCGCACUCAGUGGGCUCUGGUCAUGUUCUUCCUGAUGUACCUGGCCACGUUCGCCAUUGAGUUUCGCCACUUCCAUUUCAAGAUAGUGUGCAGCGACGAGCAGGACCCUCCACUCAGCCUCUCCGGGGUCUCCGAGUACCAGUCCGACCAGCUCUAGUCCCACUCUUCAGCGUCUGUGGAGCCUCGUACUUCUUCCAGUGUUCGCCAGUGACCAGUCCUGCAUGUAAACUGAAUGUAAUCUCUCUAGGAAGACCUUCGGACGAGUACGUCUUCUGAACCUGUUGGUAGGCUUUCGCAAAAGCAACAAAUUCUGGAAAUGCACAAGGAUUUACUGUGACGUGCUCCAUGUUUGUGUGUCAGAUGAGCGAAGCAACAAGGACACUGGAGAACAUCUCAAUACAGGAACAGUUUCUAGCAAGAUGAUCCAUUAAAUGUACAAUUUGUAAGAUCUUUGCAGUAAAAUAUAAAAAACCACUAGGCUAUUGUUAUAUAUUUUGUCCAGCUGAUUACUAGCAAUAUCUCUAAUGUUUUGAACUACUUGUAAAUCAUAAGAAUAUUCCCAUUUUAAACAGUGACACGGGGCAGUGCAGUCGCCUGUCAAUGAUGUUAGUUACCCUUUGUUACCGCCUUUACUGACGUAGGAACCACAUGACAACAGCGUCAUGGACAAAUGGGGACGUAGCUUCGCGACAAACUUCAAUUAGAUAGAGAUGCCGAUCUCGCUUGUGUUUUACUCGACAGGUGAGUUGUUUUGAUUCGUAUCUUUACAGAAAACGUAUGCUAUUAUAAUGAUCAACAAGAUUAGCAUUAUGGGGCAUACACGCCAAACGUGGGGCAUCGCGUCUGAUCCAUAGUCUGAUCAUGUCUUUGCAUUGACUUUGUAUGUAAUCUACUCGCGCAAAUCGUUGAACUCGCAUUAAAUCCAUGAUUAAUCUUUCCGAAGACAACAAAUCCCAUCAUUCCUCGCUCCUUAGCAUCAUCAAACCACGUGAUUUCUAUUGUUUUGAUAGUGCGCCCUCUAGUGGCAGGUCCUACAACCUGUACCUUUAAAGCUGCAGUAGGUAACUUUUGUAAAAAUAUAUUUUUUACAUAUUUAUUAAACCUGUCAUUUUGUCCUGACAGUAGAAUAUGAGACAGAUAAUCUGUGAAAAAAAAUCAAGCUCCUCUGGCUCCUCCCAUUUGCAGAAACUCCAUCGCUCCCGGUAAGAAACAACCAAUCAGAGCUGCGGUCCGUGACUUUGUUUGUGUUCAAAAUGUAGAAAAAUGUAUAUAAUAAACGAGUACACCAUGAAUCCAUUUUCCAAACCGUGUUUUUGGCUUCUCCUGAAUCACUAGGGUGCACCUAUAAUAAGUGUUUAUAUUCGGACUAUUUUAGAUUGCUUCGGGGGUACCGCGGCGGAGUAACCCAGUACCUUUGUGAUUCUUCAUAGACAUAAACAGAGAGAAGUAGUUACGGCUACGAUGUUCUUCCACAAGACGCAAGCAGUUUAUUAACCGCUAGAGCGUCAAAAGUUACCUACUGCAGCUUUAAGAAUCACAGUUUAUAUUCUGUUGUUGUUUACCCUUUUGGUUACUUCAAAUCCAUAUGCUGUUAUUUUAUUUUUUUUUUUCCUGUGGAAGCUUCUGAAGACACCGCAUACAGGUUUGGAAACUUCAUUUAAAGGGACAGUUCAAACCAAAAUAAAACUUUUGUCAUCAUUUACUCACCCUCAAGUUGUUCCAAACCUGUAGUUUCUUUCAUUUGUUGAACAUUAAGAUAUUUUGAAGAACGUUGGUAAGCAAACAGUUGCUGAUAGCCAUAGUAUAAAAAAAAAUUAAAUACAAUGGAAGUCAAUGGCUACCAUCAACAUUCUUCAAAAUAUCCUCUUUUGUGUUCAACAGAACAUACAGAUUUGUAACAAAUUGAGGGGGAGUAAAUUAUUUGUAUUUUUGGGUAAACUAUACCUUCAAUAUCAAGAAGAAACUCCAUUUGAAAUUGAAUCAGAUGUAUUGUAUUCAUGCAACCGCAUUUAAUUUUGAGACUGUCCUGCUUAACCUUAUACAUUUUUUUUUUUUUUUAUACUUGAUGUUGAGGAUUGUAAAACAUCUCUGACAUUGGUCAUAAACCUGUAUUUUGUCACUAAAACAGACAUCUGUUCUCAGGUGCUGGUGUAUCUAGAUGUUACAAAUGUGAUUUGUUCGAUGUUUCCAUUUGAAAUAAAAUUUUACAACAACA